ACACAGUAGAGAGAGAGAGAGAGAGAGAGAGAGAGAGAGAGAGAGAGUUAGAGAGAGAAAAAGAGAGAGGAAUGGCUUCGCCGACCGAAACUCCAUCGGCGAACAUCUACAUAUCGCCGGAGUGGUCCGAGGCAGUAGACUGUAUAGCGUACGAUUCAGUCACUUCGCGGCCUCCCAUUGCCUUAGUAUGUGGUGCCAAAAACUGCGGAAAAUCCACCUUUUCCCGCCACCUCCUCAACAUUCUUCUCCGGAGGUAUAAAAAAGUUGGUUACUUGGAUACAGAUGUUGGUCAACCUGAGUUCAGUCCUCCUGGUUUUUUGUCUCUCACUGUAGUAGAUGAAGUCACUCCAGAUUUGACAAUCCCGCAUCUGAAGACACCGAAGAGAUGUCUUUUCUUUGGUGAUGUUUCUUCGAAGACGAAUCCUACAACAUACUUGAAUUCUAUAUUCGCUUUAUAUGAUUAUUAUAAGAAGGAAUACUGCUUGUUUAACCAGAGUGAUAGACCUACCAAGAAGAUCGGAUUGCCUCUUGUUGUGAAUACACCUGGCUGGGUGAAAGGUGUUGGUUAUGAUAUAUUGGUGGAUAUGUUGAGGUAUAUUGCCCCUACCCAUGUUGUUAAAAUAAACAUAUCGGCCGAGAGUAAGAAUCUACCAAGUGGGGUAUUCUGGUUAGAUGAGGAUCAUGACGCUAUGCUCAAGCUGAUAGAGAUCAAUUCAGCUCGUCAGGACUCUUUCAAUAGAUCGAUUCUAGUACAAAAGGAUGCACACCUGUUGCGUGAUGUACGAAUAAUGGCUUAUUUCAGGCAGUGCUUUUCAAGUGGCCUGAACAUUACUACAAUCAAAGAACUUGCUAAUGCUUUGGCCUCUCAACCUCCUUAUGAAGUUCCAAUAUCUAGCAUUAAGAUUAGACAUCUCCAUUGUCAGGUCCCAGGUGCUGAGAUCUUCUACAGUUUGAACGCAACCAUUGUUGGGUUGGCAGUUAGCUCUGAAGGAUCAAAGGAUUUACCUUGGUGUGUUGGUCUUGGAAUUGUGAGAGGCAUUGACACUUUCAAAGGCUUGCUAUAUGUGAUAACACCGGUUCCAAGAGGCACUCUGGAGAAGGUCGAUCUAUUUCUGCAAGGUUAUAUCCAAAUUCCUAUGGUGUUGUUGCAGGUCCAGGGAUGCAUAUCGCCUUAUAUGUCUGCGAAUGUUCUGUCUACAAGCUAAAGCUCAUCCACAGUUCACAGUUGAUUGGGGUUAUAACAAUUAAGCGAAGUAGUUGCCCACUGUGCAAGCGACGUCAAGCAACAGGGCAGCUUCCUGCAUUAUGUAAUUCCAAAUUGAUGCUUACACAAUUAAACAAAUGUAUAACAAACUUAAAGUAUCUGUUGAAACUCUUACACUUACCUAAAAACAUUCUCAUUAUCGAUA